UAUCUCACAGGUGGUACACAUUGAAUUCUGUUAUUUUGAAAUUGUUCCAGUCAAUGAACGUGGCGUCAUUCCUCGUAUUCCUAAGUUUAUCAAUAUUAUCGAUGAAAGGAUUAGUAAUGCCUGAGGCUGGUUCUAUUGACUACCAAACAAAACGUUGGACAGAUUUCAAACGAGCACCCAGAUGGCCAGACUAUCCAUUCACAAUUAAUCCUGAGUUCAAACAUCGUGAACUAUAUGAACAGAGACCGAACCUCAAUGAUCUAUUAGUUUAAGAAGACGGAAGAACAAUACUCAAUUACUUCAUGUUCACUUUUCACCAAGGAUUGACGAAAGCAGUACUUCAAACUAAUUGAUAAAUAAAUAAAUACACAAAUGAA